AUGUUCAUCAUUAAUGCGAUCUCUUGCCGCGAUUCGGUCAGUCGACAAUUUCCCGAUUACUCGCAGGAGAAGGAAACGGCAGUGACGAGCGACGGAAACGACGGAGGAUCAGAUUCGCUCGAUGAAGACGCUGCACGAGAGUUGCUCGAGAAAGGGAAGAAGAGAACCGCGGUUCAAGAAUCGACCGGGCUAGUCACUGUGGCUUCGUACAGGAGAAGACAUCACGUUGCGGAGGAGGUGCCGGGACUCUACAUUCGGCGCCUAACGCUCGAGGAUCCGAGGAGGAGGGAACCGUCCGGUUCAAGGUCGCAGUCCCCGGCGCGCCAUAUCUGUCAUCCGCGUAGCAGCGGCUACGCGCGUUCGACACGAGGAUCCUCGAGCUAUAGAUCGUGGCUGGAAAGGAUCCGGAAGGAGAGUCCGGCUUUCUUAACAAUAGUAUCCUUGGAGCUUCCGGAAUCGCCGAUUCCCUUGAUAGAGUCUCAAGCGAACGCGCGUUGGAGACGUAAUGGUUCUGAUGAAGUCACAAGCGACAAGGAUGAUAUCUUGGAUGAGUUUCUGGAGAAGGUUACGGAGGCCGGGAAGGAUAGGGGGAAGGAAAGUUACGCAGGAAGGAACAAUGUGUUCCGGAGAAGUCGGCGGGAUAACAGGAAGCAGGAUGAAUCUCUGGAAUGUACGAAAACGCUAGCCACCCUCGAGGAAUGCACGAGAAACAUUAUUGAAGGACCGGGCCGCGAGGAAUCGAGUCGGCGGGACGUCGGGGAUUGCAUAUGUUCCGAGAUACCGAGAAAUUUCGAAAUCGGCAGAGAGGAGGUCACGCGCACCACGAGUCCGGAAGUGACUCACACGAUUCGGAUCGCGAUGAAGUGCCAUCGUGGCCAGUCGGUGCACGAAGGAGACGACGACGAAAGUCCCGAAGAGACGGAUGAGCGGCGAACGGAAGAGGAGAUGGAGGAGGCAAGAGGAGAGAAGACGAGGAAUGACCGAAAGGGUUCUCAAGGUCCGUCAAAGGCGAGGAAGGAGCCGGUGAAGCAGGACGUUUCUCGCUGCACCGUCGCCGCAGGUGCGAACGCGGCGUUGGACUUCACGCUAAAUUGCAAUAGCGUGCGAUUGACUUUUCGUGAUACGAGCCUGAAGGCAGCGACGCGAGGCGAGAGGAUCAGGGAGAGAGAGACAACGACGAAGGGAGAGGAAAUGCUUGGACUAGCCACCACCCUCCAUUGGACGAGUCCAUUUGUCCGAGCAGGGAUGUCGAGUCGUUCUGACUCAGUUUAUUUUGCUGACAUAACUCAAAAAAUACAUUUCUUGAAACAUCUCGGAGAAAAUGACAAUGCUUUGGAUGUGGCUUAUAUCGUUGUCCUAAACGUCAACUUUUAAUACAUAGCUAAUAACGAUUGCCAGAAGGAAUUUCUAGUUUACCACGAUUUUAUGUUAGACGAGCCAUAAAACAGGAGAACAUAAAAAGUAUAUGAUUUGGGAUCCGAUUAGAAAUCUAAAUAUCUAAUUGGCUGUGUCUGGAUGU